GCAAACAGUAUAUAGCAAACAAUCACUUGAAAAUUUUAAGAUCUUACCCAUUGAUGCUUCUCGCAAAACCUCCUCCACUUCAUUGAAUGUUUCUUAUGGAUCCCACCAUUUCUCUCCUUCUUCUCCUUGUUUUAACAUCUUUCUUCACUAGUUUGUUUGGCCGAACAGCUGAAGCUCUAACGUCAGUCACUCGAAUCACAAUAGUGGGCGCAGUUUAUUGUGACACAUGUUUGAGCAACAGUGUCUCCAAACACAGCUACUUCUUGCCUGGUGUGGAUGUUCAUUUACAGUGCAAAUUCAGAGCAAUUGCUCCCAAAAUGGCUGAGCAAAUGGCCUUCUCUGUCAACAGAACAACAGAUAAAUAUGGAGUAUAUAGAUUGGAAAUUCCAUCUGUGGAUGGAAUCAAUUGUGCUGAUGGUAUGACAAUGCAGUCAUUUUGCCAGGCAAGCUUAAUAGGCAGCUCAUCUGAAGUUUGCAAUGUCCCAGGUUUAAGAACUACUUCGGAAGAGAUAUCAGUCAAGUCUAAGCAAGAUAAUCUAUGUAUAUUCAGCUUAAAUGCUUUGAGUUAUAGGCCAAUGAAGAAGAACGAAAGCUUAUGUGGGAGUAAGAAAGAGAAAAUUCCAGAUCCCUUUACCUCCUCAAAGUUUUUUCUCCCUUUCUUCCCUCCUUAUUCCCUCCCUUUCCCCUUUCCUCCUCUGCCACCAUUCCCUUCCUUUCCUUUACCUCCACUUCCUCCAUUGCCUCCACUGCCUCCACUGCCCCCACUGCCUCCACUGCCCCCUGUUCCAUUUUUUCCUUUCCCUACUUGUCCUAACCCACCAUCUUUACCAUUUCCUUUCCCACCUUUGCCUCCUUUAUUUCCUUCACCUCCAAGUCCAUCUCAACCAUCUGCACCACCUCCGCCACCCCCAUUUAGUCUCAGUGAUCCAAGGACCUGGAUACCCUAUGUUUCUCCAUUUUCUCCUCCACCGCCUCCGCCAUCAUCACCACCUCCAUUCAGUCUCAGCGAUCCAAGAACCUGGAUACCCCAUCUUCCUCCAUUUUCCCCUCCCCCACCUCCUGCUUUCGAUCCCCGAGACCCGAGAACCUGGAUUCCUAAUAUCCCUCCAUUUUCUCCUUCCCCACCUCCUGCAUUUGAUCCUAGAGACCCCAGAACAUGGAUUCCCCGUAUUCCUCCAUUUUUCCCUCCCCCACCUCCAUCAUUCGACCUUAGAGACCCCAGAACAUGGAUACCCCAUUUGCCACCAUCCCCUCCACAAGGCCCUCAAAAUCAAAAACCCUAAUAUUGUGCUUUGUUUUCCCUCCUCUUUACCACUACAAAUUUUCUUUCAAUAUGAUAUUGUUUGAUAUGUGCUUAUGUAUUUUUCCGGUGCCCUGUCCAUUCGGAAAAACAACAAACACCUUGUGUGCCAAUAUAAUUCAUGUACAGAAAACAAAAGGGGAUUUGUCUGUUAUUAAUAUGAUAAAUCAAGAAGCUGGAUAUCAUCAAUGUAUUAUUUCAUUAAUCUUCAAA